AUGCUUUCUUUCACGGAUAUUUUAAUCGGCUCGGCCUUCCUGGCCGUUGCCCAUGGCCACGCUGCCAUUCUCGGUGCUCAGGGAGACGCCGGCUCACCUGCUAGUGUCGGGUUCCUGGUUGACCCGAACAUCGCCCGUAACUGCACGACGAUCAACCCUUGCCAGCAGGAUGCUACGAUUAUCCGUGAUAAGGAGAUCAACUCCAACAUCGUCAACGAGUGCGGACGCACCGAGAUUGCUGGCAACAUCGACAUUGGCGAGAGCACCGAGAACGCCCUGGCAGCGAACCAGGUUACGCAGGUCAAGGCGGGCGGCGAGGUUACUGUCACCAUCCACCAGGUCAACGCCGAUGGCGCCGGCCCCUUCUCAUGCGACUUGGACCAGACCAGCAACUCACUCGGCGGCACCGGCCAGAUCCCUCUCGAGGUCACCAACAACGUUCCCGGCGCCAACGGUUUCUCCCAGGCAAAGGCUCAGCAGUUCAACGUCACCGUCAAGAUGCCUGCUGACAUGAAGUGCAAUGGAGCCUCUACCGGAAACGUCUGCACUGUCCGCUGCCGUAACAACGCUGUCGCCGGUCCCUUCGGUGGCUGCUUCGCUGUCCAGCAGACCGAUGUCACCCCUACUCAGAACACUCCCCAGAACAUCCAGACCGGCGCCAAGUUGAAGGGCGUUCUCCAGCAGGUCCAGCAGGAUAUCGUCGACUUCCCCGCCGCUGCUGCUGCCAACCAGAAGGACGGAACCCCCGAGCAGCUGGCCGCCACUGACGCCGCCAACAAGGUUCUGGGCGCUCCCCCCGUCACUGUCAAGGAAUUCCCCGUCGAGAAUACCGGCCCCAGCCAGACCGGAGGCAACACGGCCGCUGCUCCCGCCGCUGCUCCCGCCGCGCCUGCUGCUGACCCCAACGCCGGCAACGCCAACGCUGGUAACGGCAACGCAAACGCUGGAGACAAUGGCAACGCCGGCAAUGCCGGAAACGCCGGCGGCAACGGACGUGCACGCGGCAAGGGCCGGGCUGGCAAGCGUGGCAGAGCCGCCAAGCGUGAGGAGAACGGAUCCCUUCGGUGGGCCAAGCGCUACGUCGUGCCCGGUGCCGACUUCCAGCCCGAGGUUAUGCCAUGA